AUAUAAACGCUUGCGGUUUAAUUGCAUUCGAUUACCCAGCGAGCUUUAUUCUUGUAGUUACGAAGUGUCCUGGCUAACAAAAACAAGGCCUAGACAUCUGGCAGAGUGCUGGUUUAUUAAUGCGACUGAUUCCUGGGAUCACAUGCAAAAUAGAGCGUCUAGUUUAACGGGGUGCAGUUUAGAGAUGGAUUCGAAAUCUCGUCGGUUUCCGUUUGCUGUCUCCAGCUCUUCCUCCUUGUCAUCGUCGUCCUCCUCUUCAGCGCUCAGUGCGAGCCGGCUCUAUGGCAGAGGGAGCGUCUUGGGAAGAGAUCGCUUUAGCAGAGAAGCUUCUGUCAAAUUAGACUCAGACUAUCAGAGCUCCCGUCUGCUGAGCUUUCCAAGAGGUUACAAUUCAACUGAAAGCCGUCACUCCAACUGGAAGCUCUCUACUCCUGUCUCUCUGUCUUCAUCAUCAUCAUCAUCAUCAUCAUCUUCCUGUGAUCGAACAUGGACAGAAUCCACCAGUGGGGACCGAGGCAGACUUACAGACUCUGAGAGAAGACUGGGAACCUACUGUGGACUUCUUGGCACAUCCCAAGACAGCGAGUCUAAAAGAGCAAAACUUUCUUACACAAAUAGAGCAGCAUAUUCCAGAUCCCCAUCCACAUCUAAACCUGCCAGCUCUUAUUCCACUUUAGGAAAUUCUUCAUGGAAAUCCUCCAUCAGUCCUUUGUCUAGAUCAUCCUCUUCAUCAUCCUCCUCAUCUUCGUCCACUCCAUCAGAGGGUCUUUGGGCUCGCAGAGAUUUGGAGAAGAGGGGGGAUUCAGGACUGACCUCACUGGGGGAGUCUAGUUACCGGCCUAGCGGGCUGACAUCUUCACUGUACCGUUCAGAGCGCGUUACCUCCACCUAUGCACAAGGUGCUCGACCCAAAGAGAGCCAGUAUUCAUCCCACAGAGAGAAUGGUUCAUCUAGUCGCCAUAUCUCAGCCGAGUAUCUCCCUUCUCCUCUGGAGCGCAGCUCCUACAGGCUGACCUCAGAUUACCAGUCUGGUCCAUUCUCUCGUGAUACGCCACGCUCCAGCUCUAGCUCCACCAGAACCUCGGCCUCUGUCUCUGACCCAUCCAAGCUCUCAUCCUGGAGCUCCACCCCUUACACGCCCCUUACUGGCUGUAGCUCCAGCCCUCCUUCCUCUAGCCCCUCCCCCACUCCACUUCCUGCUCAGAAUGGCGGUGACUCAGAUGGCAGGCGAACAACCAGACGUCUGCUAUCUCGGCUUUUCUCCCGACGCUCCAGUCAGGAAUCAAACUCUACUGCCAGCUCUGCCUCUGAUUCAAGGUCAUAUGACUCGAGCCCAGAUGAAGCCCCGCCCUCUGAAUCUUCUCCUCCUGUCAGUAGAGAAAAUUUGGAAGCGGAGUUGAGGAACUUGAGCAGACGCGGACCAUCUCUCGCUCCAGUCCAGGAGAGCUCUGGUGUAGUAGAGCCCCAACCGGAAUCGCUCAGAUCUCCAGCAGGCCUGUCCUGGCUGAACUGGAACCGCUGUACCCCACUGUUUUCUCGUCGCAGGAGGGAAGGGCGUGACGAAAGCGCCCGCAUGGACCCUCGUCGUUCACCCCAAUUCCCUUUUGGUGACCGAGAUUGCUGUAAAACACCUGACCGGGGCACGGAUUGUGAUGAUGAUGAUGAUGAUGACGACGAUGAUGAAGAUGAGUCCUCAGAGGGUGCCACAGCAGCACCCUCUGCUGGAGCCUCAGGUCUCUCUGCAUCACUACUGCAGGACGGAGCCCGUCUGGCAGGACGAAGCCAUGGCAUGGGCAGGUUGAUGACCAACCCGCUCUUCCGUAUGCCUGAGAAUAUGAUAAUUGGGGUAGGAGUGGGAGCAGAAGGGAGGAGUCAAACUGAUGAGCAGGUGAAAGACAAGCCCGCCCCCUCCAGAGACCCAGAGAGACUGCGACAGAUUCAGGAGAGCCUGCUGUUGGAGGACUCUGAUGAGGAGGAGGGUGAUCUGUGCCGAAUCUGUCAGAUGGGGGAGCAGUCGAGUUCCAACCCUCUGAUCGAGCCCUGCAAGUGCACCGGCAGCCUGCAGUUUGUGCACCAGGACUGCAUUAAGAAAUGGCUCCGCUCCAAAAUCAGCUCCGGUUCUAACUUGGAGGCAAUCACUACAUGUGAACUUUGUAAGGAAAAACUGCACCUGAACAUUGAGAACUUUGACAUCAAUGAGCUCUACAGAUCUCAUGAAAGGUCGGAGUACGAGUUCAUCAGCUGUGGGCUGUACCUGGUGGUGCUCCUGCAUCUGUGUGAGCAGAGGUUUUCUGAUGUCUUGGGUGCAGUAAAUGAUGCCGGGUUUUUCAACUUGGCGAGAACUCUACAUGAACACAUGGACAAUCUUGAAAGUUCAUACGCAGAAUCGGAUGAAGAUGAGGCAGAGGACAGCAGACCGUCCAUCGAUUUCUGUGAGUUGGAGGAUGAUGAUGAUGAUGAUGAGGAGGAGGAGGAGGAGGAGGAGGAGGAGGUUUAAUGUGUUGGCAGGAAGGAAGGAGGCGUGGCUUAGCAGUCUGUCUCGGCCUCCUCCCACUUGCUGUUCUUGACCUGUGUCCUCCUGUUUGAAGUUACUUUAGCCAAUGUCUGAUUGGCAGCGUAACCACUGUUUUUAGCCUAUCACAAGGCUUUCAUAAUAUGCAGAUAAUCAAAGUUUUAUGGGAGCUCUUUGGAUACUGUUAUGAAUUUUUUAUUUUUUAUUUUUUUUGCUUCAGAGGUUGGUGAGCACUCUAAAGCUUUAUUCAGUUAAAAAA